ACAUGACAUUGAUGACAUUAAAGCACGAUAACAUCGCACGCAAAAGGCGUGCGUUCGUUAUUACUUUAUUUUAUUUGCUCUAAAACUUAUAAUAACUUUGAUAAAUACCAUCAGUAUCGUAACUUAGAGUUCAGUUAUUCAAAAUGGAAUACAUAUCGCCUGAAAGUGAAUCCGCUCUGAGUGGGGCACGAAUAUUAUGUUGCCAAUGUGCAGUGCCUAUAGAGCCCAACCCCUCUAAUAUGUGUGUGGCAUGCCUCCGGGCCAAUGUGGAUAUUUCUGAAGGUAUACCCAAGCAGGCAACCCUUUUCUUCUGCAGAGGAUGUGAGAGGUAUUUACAACCUCCAGCAGAAUGGGUGGUAGCUGCCUUGGAGUCCAGGGAACUCCUAGCUCUCUGUCUCAAGAAGUUGAAGGGUUUAAACAGAGUCAAACUCAUUGAUGCAGGCUUUGCUUGGACUGAACCACAUUCCAAGAGAAUAAAGGUCAAACUGACAGUACAAGGAGAAGUAAUGGGAGGUGCAGUUCUUCAACAAACAUUCAUUGUUGAAUUCUGCAUACAACAUCAGAUGUGUGAUGCUUGCCACCGCUCUGAGGCACAAGACUACUGGCGUGCUUUAGUACAAGUGAGGCAGAGGGCCAACAACAGAAAGACUUUCUACUACUUAGAACAGCUUAUUCUGAAACAUAAGGCUCAUGAAAAUACUCUUGGUAUUAAGCCUAAACAUGACGGAUUAGAUUUCUUCUACUCAUCAGAGAACCAUGCUCGUAAAAUGGUGGACUUCAUCCAAUCAGUGCUGCCUAUUAAAUGCCAACAUUCCAAGAAGCUUAUAUCACAUGACAUACACAGUAACAUUUAUAACUACAAGUUCACAUUUAGUAUUGAGAUUGUGCCUUUGUCUAAGGACAGUGUUGUGUGCCUGCCUAAGAAACUGACACAGCAGCUGGGCUCUAUAUCUCCGAUCUGUUUAGUUAACAGAGUUACUAGUACUAUUCACUUGAUUGAUGCUAGGACUGGACAAGUUUGUGAUGUGUCAGCAACAGUUUAUUGGAGGAAUCCAUUCUCUCCAAUUUGUAAUCCUAAGCAACUUGUGGAAUAUAUUGUGAUGGACAUUGACAUAUUAAAAGAACAUGAAAAGAAGUCAUUCCCUGGCCAAGGCAUGGUAUCCAGCAAGCAUGUGGUAGCAGAUGUGUGGGUGGUCAAAGCCAGUGAACUUGGUUUAGAUGUCAACCCAGUACACACUAGAACACAUCUGGGACAUAUUUUGAAGCCUGGCGAUACUGUACUUGGCUACAACAUCGGCGAUUCAAACGUCAACGAUGUUAACUUUGAUAAGCUAGACCGCAGCGUCAUUCCUGACGUAUUUUUGGUCAAGAAGCACUAUGGUGAGAAGUCUGCCAGAAGACGCGCCCGCGCUUGGAAACUCAAACAUAUGGCUGAGGAGUUACACGAAGGACUUAGCUCUACUAAUGAGGAUUACAACGACUUCUUGGAUGAUUUAGAGGAAGAUCCGGCAUUUAGACAGAACGUCAAUAUAUUUAAGGAUGAGAACAAGAUACCUGUGGACACCGAUGAGAUAGACCCGGCACUCCCGCGCAUCACUCUCGCCGAAAUGUUGGACGAUUUGGUCAUUGAAGAUGUAGAUAUGACAGAAGUGUAAUCAGAUUUUGCUUGUUAUGUUCUGUAUAAGUAAGCUGUUUUUUAAAAGGUUAAUAAAUAUGUAUGUAUAUUAUUUA